UACGCGCUCCUAACAACAUGUUGAUCACGCAACGUUCACGAUAUAAAUGCCGUGAUCUGCUUGCAAAACUAUUAAUAGUCAGGAAGCAGCACUUUUAAACAGAUACCCUUACCUUAAUCUGCCGCAGCCAACUGGAAAAAGCGCAGCACUACGCAGGUUUCCCUCAACACCCAAACAGGAUUUCUUGUCAGCAAGUUCCUGUGAGUCGUGGAGCAACGCUGUGUACGCCUUGGGUCCGAUAAUGCAGGACUCUUGCGAAUCCGCAGACAACCAGCGCCUGUGCCCAGCCCACACUUUACCGAUUGAACUCGUAGCCCGCAUUUUUUCUUUCCUGGAUAUAUUUGACAUCUCACUUUGCUCUGCAGUAUGCAGGCGAUGGGAAGUUAUCGCUAAGAAUUCUCCAUUGGUCGGCAAAAUUGUCAUCGUCGAUCUCAAGAAAUGGCGUAAUAACCGCUGUGAUGAAUAUACGUGUCCAGAAUGGCGGAUAACCGGAAACAAAGAACUGAGAGGAGAACGUCUGCUGAAGCAUUUCAUCACACUAGCCACACGCCACGUGGUUUUACGCUGGCCUCUGGACUCUUCCCUACCAGAACCGAAGUUAUGCAUAAGUCAUCCGGAUCAAAACCCUGAUAUGUUCAGCACACACUAUCACUGCAAUUACAGCGGUUCGAUCGAUCUGGACGUCAUCACGGAGAUUCUUCAGCGGCUACAGCGCAGUCUUGGCAACGUGAUCGUAUCGCUAACGUUGCAAAAUGUAAAGCUCUGCACAAAUGAUAUGGCUCUGGUUCCCCAUAGUUUUCCCAUGGUGCACUACAGUCAUGUCCAGGUUUACUGCCAUAUCAAACCCAGCGACUAUGGACACUAUCCCAAGCCGAUUGUUCUGCGCGUUGAGAUUGAUCGGAAAACUCUGAAGGGAGACGACCUUGAGCCCCUCAAGGAUGCAUGUAUGAACUACAUAUGUUUUCGUUACUUUAAUCUUUUUUUGCCUGCGUUGUCACCAGAGGAACAAACUUGCAUGGAUAGAGUGCUGCGGUCACAUCAGAAAUUCGAUGUUUUAACCAACUGGAACGGAUAUUUCGGUCGGCAUAUGAGAUGGGAAAAUACCCUAGCGGAUAUGCAGUUAACCAUGAAUGAAAUCCGCACCUAUCCCUUGUGGCAGCAGUACCUUGCUCGCGACCUCUUGCAGUACCAUCCACUUGACAGCAGCGAAACUCCAGCGAACGCACAGUCCGGUCGCAGUGCUGUGCAAAGAGUGCUGGGACCAUUUAAGCGGGAGUAUACUGAGAGCACGUGGAUGUCUUGUAAUUUUACGGAAGGAACCACGAGCGUGCCACCGCCGUUUUGCAGAACCCAGUAUUUGCCUUGUUCAAAGCUGAGGACUUUUCAAAAGACAGACUGGUGAAAGACAACUUGGAGCUCGACAGCUUUGAGUUUUGGAAGCAAAGACGCAAUAUUUUCCCAGAAUUGCACAAGGUGGCAAUGUGUAUCGCCAGCGCACCGGCAACCAGCACACCAGUGGAAAGGGUAUUUUCCACCGCCGGAAUAGCAACAUCGGGAAAAAGGAACAGGCUAAGCGGACUGCGGCUCGAAAUGGAGGUUUUACUGCAGCGAAAUUACAAGUUAUUGGAGAUCGACUGAUUUUCCUGCCUGUUUUCUAUUUUCCAUUUUUAUGUUUCAUUUUUUCACUUUCUUAAAUUUGUUCUCUUUCUGAGUAUUUCAUUCUUUGCUGUUUCGUUUUUUUCUUAGCACGGGAGUUUCACCCGGGGUCUCCAUGUAGCCAACGGUUCUCCUGAUCUUGUAAUGAUAAUAAAUAACGCUGCUCUG